GCAAGUUCAAGGUGUUCCCUCAUUGACUCACUCUGCCCGAGUGGGCAGCUGAAAUUUCUAUUUAAAUCUCGCUGAGUUCGACGUGAAGAUAGUACACUCUCGAACCCAGAGCGGCGCGCGCCUGCAACGAACACUAACGCAAAGAUGUCGAUAGUUCCGAUGAUGUUCCGCGACUGGUGGGACGAGUGGGACCGUCCCUCCCGUCUGUUGGACCAGCACUUUGGCAUGGGGCUGCGUCGCGACGACCUCCUCUCUUCCCUCUCUACACUUCCCUCUACGUCCCUGCUGAGGAACUCCUACUUCCGUCCCUGGAGGUCCAACCUUACAAGGCAGGAGUCUGCCUCUACGAUCAACUUGACGAAGGACAAGUUUGAGAUUCUUAGGUCCCACAUCAGAGCGAGGGCUUCUGCCAUUAGGAGGUGCGCAGAAAGCGCGUUUGACGACUUUAGGGCUGAUUCCGAUAACCUUUCGCGAUGGAUGGAUAAGGUGAUCCUCGACGUUCAACAAUUCACCCCGGAGGAGAUCACCGUGAAGGCGUCCAACAACAGCGUGGUGGUGGAAGGCCGCCAUGAAGAGAAGCAGGACGAGCAUGGGUUCAUAUCUCGGCAGUUCACGCGCCGGUACAUCUUGCCAGGCGGUUACAACGUGGAGGAUCUCGUGAGCACCCUGUCUUCGGACGGCGUGCUCACAGUCACGGCUCCAAAGCGCCCCCCUCCUAACUCCGGCGAGAGAAUCGUACCCGUCACCCGCACCGGACCAGCCAAACUGCCCGAGGAACCCAAGGUGGAACAACCCAGAGAACAAACCGUCCCAAUCGUGACAUCUCCACAACCCAGGGAACAAACCGUCCCUAUUGUAACAUCCCCUUAAGUUGACCUAUUCAAAGCUGCCGCUUCUGACGGACAACACUGAAUGUUAUUUCACUUUGACAGGAAUAUUGUAUCCUUCACUUACAGUAAGUGCAAGAAAGAGAUAGAACUGUCAGUGGUUUUAGAACUGUCAAAUGAAAGUAAAAUUAAGUUUGUUUGCCAGAAUCAGUAUCAUAAUCCCUCUUAACUUGACGGCCUUUAAUUUUUAAAUUAAGUACAUCAAUUAUUGGAAUGUAAAAAAAGCCUUUUGAAUCUAAUACGAUUUUAUAAAUGUCAAUUUUGAAUUUUUGAAAAAAGGCCGUUUCCCCUUCCCCUCUUGUUUUGAAAUAGAACGAUCGAAUCAUGAAUAGCAUUUAUUUUUAAUCUCGUCCUUGGCCAAUGACGAGAAGAGAUUCGAAUGAACGAAUUAGGCUUAAAGAUAAGAUAAAGAGGAAUGCAAAACAUCAUUAUUUUUAAUUAUUACUAUAUUAUGUAAUAUAAACGAUUUUUUUAUAAAA